CCAUUCCAAAUUCUGCAGUGGACUGUUCUGGCCUGCCUGACCCAGUGAGAGGCAAAGAAUGCACUUUCUCCUGUGCUUCUGGAGAGUAUCUAGAAAUGAAGAACCAGGUAUGCAGUAAGUGUGGCGAAGGCACCUACUCCUUGGGCAGUGGCAUCAAAUUUGAUGAAUGGGAUGAAUUGCCAGCAGGAUUUUCCAACGUUGCAACAUUCAUGGACACUGUGGUGGGCCCUUCUGACAGCAGGCCAGAUGGCUGUAACAACUCUUCUUGGAUUCCUCGUGGAAAUUACAUAGAGUCUAAUCGUGAUGACUGUACAGUGUCUUUGAUCUAUGCUGUGCACCUUAAGAAGUCAGGUUAUGUCUUCUUUGAGUACCAGUAUGUCGACAACAACAUCUUCUUUGAGUUCUUUAUUCAAAAUGAUCAGUGCCAGGAGCUGGACACCACCACCGACAAGUGGGUAAAACUCACAGACAAUGGAGAAUGGGGCUCUCAUUCUGUAAUGCUAAAAUCAGGCACAAAUAUACUGUAUUGGAGAACUACAGGCAUCCUUAUGGGUUCUAAGGCGGUCAAGCCUGUGUUGGUAAAAAAUAUCACAAUUGAAGGAGUGGCAUACACAUCAGAAUGUUUUCCAUGCAAGCCAGGCACUUUCAGCAACAAACCAGGUUCAUUCAACUGCCAAAUGUGUCCUAGAAACACCUAUUCUGAGAAAGGAGCCAAAGAAUGCAUAAGGUGUAAAGAGGACUCCCAAUUUUCAGAGGAAGGAUCCAGCGAGUGUGUGGAGCGCCCUCCCUGUACCACAAAGGACUAUUUCCAGAUCCAUACUCCAUGUGAUGAAGAAGGAAAGACACAGAUAACGUACAAGUGGAUAGAGCCCAAAAUCUGCCGGGAGGAUCUCACAGAUGCUAUUAGAUUGCCCCCUUCUGGAGAGAAGAAGGAUUGUCCACCUUGCAACCCUGGAUUUUAUAACAAUGGAUCAUCUUCUUGCCAUCCCUGUCCUCCUGGAACGUUUUCAGAUGGAAUAAAGGAAUGUAGACCGUGUCCAGCAGGAACAGAGCCUGCACUUGGGUUUGAAUAUAAAUGGUGGAAUGUUCUUCCUGGCAACAUGAAAACUUCUUGCUUCAAUGUUGGGAAUUCAAAAUGUGAUGGAAUGAAUGGUUGGGAGGUGGCUGGAGAUCAUAUCCAGAGUGGAGCUGGAGGUUCUGAUAAUGAUUACCUGAUCUUAAACUUGCAUAUCCCAGGAUUUAAACCACCAACAUCUAUGACUGGAGCCACGGGUUCUGAACUAGGAAGAAUAACAUUUGUCUUUGAGACCCUCUGUUCGGCCGACUGUGUUCUGUACUUCAUGAUGGAUAUUAAUAGAAAAAGUACCAAUGUGGUGGAAUCGUGGGGUGGAACGAAAGAAAAACAAGCAUACACUCACGUCAUCUUCAAGAAUGCAACAUUCACAUUUACAUGGGCCUUCCAGAGAACUAAUCAGGGUCAAGAUAAUAGACGGUUCAUCAAUGACAUGGUGAAGAUUUAUUCUAUCACAACCACUAAUGCAGUUGAUGGGGUGGCGUCCUCAUGCCGUGCCUGUGCCCUCGGUUCUGAACAGUCGGGCUCAUCGUGUGUCCCCUGCCCCCCAGGCCACUACAUUGAGAAAGAAACCAACCAGUGCAAGGAGUGUCCAGCUGACACCUACCUGUCCAUACAUCAGGUCUAUGGCAAGGAGGCUUGUAUUCCAUGUGGGCCUGGGAGUAAAAGCACUCAGGACCACUCAGUUUGCUAUAGUGACUGCUUUUUCUACCAUGAAAAAGAAAAUCAGAGUUUGCACUAUGACUUUAGCAACCUCAGCAGCAUGGGCUCGUUAAUGAAUGGCCCCAGCUUUACCUCCAAAGGAACAAAAUACUUCCAUUUCUUCAAUAUUAGUUUAUGUGGACAUGAGGGGAAGAAGAUGGCCCUCUGUACCAACAAUAUAACUGACUUUACAGUAAAGGAAAUGGUGGCAGGGUCAGAUGAUUACACGAAUUUGGUAGGAGCAUUUAUAUGCCAGUCAACUAUUAUUCCUUCUGAAAGUAAGGGUUUCCGAGCAGCCUUAUCAUCACAAUCCAUCAUUCUGGCAGAUACAUUUUUAGGAGUGACAGUUGAAACCACAUUGCAAAAUAUUGAUAUAAAAGAAGAUAUGUUCCCAGUUCCACCAAGCCAAAUACCAGAUGUGCAUUUCUUUUAUAAGUCUUCCACAACGACAACUUCUUGUGUUAAUGGCCGAUCAACCGCUGUGAAAAUGAGGUGUAAUCCUACUAAACCUGGAGCAGGAGUGAUUUCAGUCCCCAGCAAGUGUCCAGCAGGCACCUGUGAUGGAUGUGCAUUCUAUUUCCUGUGGGAAAGUGCUGAAGCUUGCCCUCUGUGCACAGAGCAUGACUUCCAUGAGAUUGAGGGAGCCUGCAAGAGAGGAUUUCAGGAAACCUUAUAUGUGUGGAAUGAACCUAAAUGGUGCAUUAAAGGAAUUUCUUUGCCAGAGAAAAAGUUGUCCACCUGUGAAACAGUUGACUUUUGGCUAAAAGUGGGAGCAGGUGUAGGAGCUUUCACAGCUGUUUUGCUGGUGGCUCUAACUUGCUACUUCUGGAAAAAGAAUCAAAAACUGGAGUACAAAUAUUCCAAAUUAGUAAUGACGACUAACUCAAGAGAGUGUGAACUCCCAGCUGCAGACAGUUGUGCUAUCAUGGAAGGAGAGGAAAAUGAAGAGGAACUUGUAUAUUCCAAUAAACAGUCACUACUGGGAAAACUCAAAUCCCUGGCCACAAAGGUGAGAGCAGAAUUUUAA